UCCAAAACACGUUGAAUAAACGCAGUAGAAAGAGUUUUGAUUUACAGCUUUCCUUCACAUGACUUUCUACGCAUGCGUGCUCGGUCGCGACUAGGAAUGCUCAAUAAUCUGGGAAGCGGCUCGCGCUCGACACCUCACAGCCAAGCGAGAGCCAACGGUCGUGUGCCGCUCUUGACCAGGAAGAAGCGCGAGCCGCGUUCAGAAGCCGAGGCAGCCCACGAGCCGUGAUGAACUUCUUCGGGUUCGGCCAGACCGCGGAGCUCGACAUAGUUCUGAACGACGCCGAGACGAGGAAGAAAGCAGAACACAGCAGCGAAGACGGAAGGAAGGACAAAUAUUUCCUAUUCUACGACGGGGAGACGGUGUCGGGGAAAGUCAACGUCACGCUCAAGUACCCGGGGAAGAGGCUGGAGCACAAUGGCAUCAAAGUGGAGUUUGUCGGCCAGAUAGAGCUGUACUACGACAGAGGGAACCAUCAUGAGUUUGUGUCUUUAGUGAAAGACUUGGCUCGGCCAGGAGAGCUGACGCAGUCUCAGACAUUUGACUUCGAGUUCACACAUGUGGAAAAACCAUACGAGUCAUACACUGGUCAGAACGUCAAGCUACGUUACUUCCUCAAGGUGACAAUAAGCCGGAGGCUCAGCGACAUCACCAAGGAGCUGGACAUUGUGGUUCACACCCUGAGCACAUACCCUGACCUUAACUCCUCCAUCAAGAUGGAAGUGGGGAUCGAGGACUGUCUGCAUAUCGAAUUUGAGUACAAUAAAUCAAAGUAUCACCUAAAAGAUGUAAUUGUUGGGAAGAUUUACUUCCUCCUGGUGAGGAUUAAGAUCAGACACAUGGAGAUUGACAUCAUCAGACGAGAGACCACCGGCACAGGACCCAGCGUUUACAACGAGAAUGACACCAUUGCCAAGUACGAGAUUAUGGACGGAGCUCCGGUCAGAGGAGAAUCCAUCCCCAUCCGGCUGUUUCUGGCAGGCUACGAGUUGACACCCACCAUGAAAGACGUCAACAAGAAGUUUUCGGUGCGAUACUUCCUCAACUUGGUUCUCAUAGACGAGGAGGACAGACGCUAUUUCAAACAACAGGAAAUCGUUUUGUGGAGGAAAGGUGACAUAGUGAAGAAGAGCAUGUCUCACCAGGCCAUCAUUGCUGCACAGCGCUUCGAGGGCUCCUCCAAUCCAGAGAGGUCCCACAGUCAGAGCGCUGAGGACGACAAGAGCUAAGCCAGUUGGGCACUUCCACUUCCUGCUGUGUCUGACUGAACACAGCUCAGAGGUGUCAGUCCAAAUGUUGAGUGAGUGAGUGAGUGAUUGAAUGAGUGAAUUCCAGUGUGUGUGUGUGUGUGUGUGUGUGUGUGUGUGUGUGUGUGUGUGUGUGUGUGUGUGUGUGUGUGUGUGUGUGUGUGAAGGGAACAAACAAUGCCGGGCUGGAGUUGUGUUGCUUUGGGUUUAAGAAUCUUGAAGCACUAUCUACAUGGAGCAGGCCACACUCCGACUGAUGAAUCGGCGCCAGCAAGUUUCUGUCUUUCACUGUUCCAUGUAAUCAGUCUGGAGGUGGCCUGUGUACUUUAUCUCUGUGGCAUCUACGACGGCAGUCGCUAAGGAGGACAACUUCCAACGGUGCACUUCGGUCUGUCACUCACAGGUGUGUUUGGGAGAGCGGUGAAUGUUUAUACGUGGCUGGAACAUUGCACUGUGAGGAAACUGUUGUCAUACAGUAGCUUUCUAAAGAGUGGCUAAACGAUAGCAUUUAUCACACAUUUGUGUGACACUUCACAGGAACCCAACAGUGUGAUAGGAACUCAUUAAUAGGGUUAUUUUGCUGCCAUCCUCUGCUUUUUUUUCUCUGCAAACUUUGCCUGUAUUUUGCAAACGUGGCUUGCUCCCAGAAUCCCAAACAGGAAGUAGCACACUUCAUGAACUUGACAAACAUUGAUUAUCAUUUGGAAGAUAUUUCCAUACAUUCCAAUGCUCUUGUGAGCGUUAGGCAUGAUUGUAAGGUACUUUUUUUUUAACCAACCUUUUACUUUUAGUACGCAUUCAUCAAGCUGUUAUAAUGGAUUCUAUAACAAAUGGAGUUUUGGUAUGUUUAUAAUUUGGUUGUUACAGUCACCAAUGACUUGUUUCUAAGCCCAGCUUUCUUAAUUUGCACUACGAUCCUUCUGUUCAGUAGUUUUCUGCUCUCUGUUUUGUUUACGACAGAUGCAGCGGCAAGAGUUUCUGAGCACAAUUUAAAAAUAUAACUUCUAAUUAUCAUAACUAGAGAUGCAUCAAUCAGAUGUUUUUUGGCCACUCGUGGUUUUCUUUGAGGUCUGACCUGCUGUUUUCUUGAGGAGUAUGGAUUGGAUUCUGACGGACGCAAGAGUUUUAAAGUCAAAUUGUCAUUAACCCCCCCAACUGAUUUUUAUUCAGCUAAAAGUAUGAAGUUCAGGCGGUUGAGUUCUUAGUUUAGAAGUGUUUUAUGAACUGAUUUUAUUUUUUUACGCCAACGCUCGUAAGCCAAUCAAGGGAAAAUUGUACUUAUUCCAAACACGCACCAAUAGAUUGGUGCAUCUCCAAUCAAUGUCAUCUGGCCUCACUUCAAUCUAAUCACGCAUAGACACUUGAUUAUGAUGCUUUUACUAUAAUGUCAGCAGAGAAUGAAAGUUAAACAAGCAACAUUAAUGUCUCUUAUUUAGGACUUCUGUUUUUUCUUGCUGUUUUUAAUCUUAACAAUGGACAGUUCACCCGUGGAACCUGAAGGUGAAAUUUGCCUUGGGCGUUGAUAAGCGUGUCUGUGUGUGAUGAUGACUUUGAAGUGACCUCUGCCUGUUGAUUGUUUGCAGGCUGAACUUUAGCCAGUUCUGUCUCUGUAUAGUUUAGUGCCAAUCAUCCAGAACACUCCCUGGGGUUCUCCUGUACCUUUCUUGAACUUGUUCAGCUGCUUCGGAUCAUGGUUUUAAAUGUAAAAAGAGGGGGUGGGGGAAGGACAGCUCUAUUUUAAUGAGCUUUUCGAAUCAAUAAAAAUUCAAAUAACUUUUUUCA